AUGGAUUUCUACAGAAAUUUGAUGGGCAAAAAGGAUAAUAACCCGAGCCACAUUGACAUUAAAGCCAUGAGGUUGGGUGCCCAAUUGAACAUGGAACAGAGGGAAUACCUCAGCAAAAACAUCACUGAGGAAGACAUCACCAAAGCUCUUAAGGGAAUUGGAGACCUCAAAGCUCCUGGCCUGGAUGGAUAUGGAGCCAGAUUCUUCAAGGCCAGUUGGGCAACCAUUAAAAAGGAUGUGAUUGCAGCGGUUAAUGAGUAUUUUGAGACAGGUAGAAUGUACAAACCUUUCAAUAAUGCUAUUGUUUUCCUGAUUCCAAAAAGCAAUAAGACUUGUGAAAUUAAGGACUACAGACCUAUAGCUGUCUGCACCACUUUCUACAAGAUCAUCUCCAAGAUCCUAAUUGACAGACUAGGAACUGUACUACCUAAUGUGGUGAGCCACAACCAGACUGCUUUUGUAAAAGGCCAGAACAUUCACAACCACAUCAUGCUUGCUACUAAACUGCUAAAGGGCUACACUAGGAAAGCGGACACACCUAGAAUUAUGAUGCAAAUAGACCUCCAAAAAGCAUAUGACAUGGUCAGCUGGCAAGCUUUAGAAUCCAUUAUGAAGGAGAUGGGCAUUCCUCGUAAGUUCAUCCAAUGGACCAUGCUAGGCAUCACCACUGUAUUCUACAGAUUCAACAUCAUGGGAGAAUACACUGAGGUGUUACCGGCAAAGCGUGGAAUUCGACAGGGCGAUCCUCUCUCACCCAUUCUUUUUGUUCUUAUAAUGGAAUACAUGAACCGACUAUUGAUCAAAAUGCAAAGAGAUCCAAACUUCAAUUACCAUGCCAAAUGUGAAAAGCUAAAAAUUACCAACCUCACAUUUGCAGAUGAUAUACUGUUGCUCUGCAGGGGGAAAAACCUUAUUGGAAAUGAUUUUAGAAACCUUUCGACAGUUCUCCAACUUCACAGGACUGCUGAUGAAUCCCAACAAAUGCAAAAUUUACUUUGGAGGUCUGGAUACGGAAACCAGACAAAAUCUGAAGGCGCUGUCUGGCUUCCAAGAAGGGAUGCUUCCUUUCAAAUACUUAGGAAUCCCCUUAUCAAGCAAGAGACUCACCAUCAGCCACUUUAUGCCCCUGGUGGAUAA